AUGAACACAUGGCUGCUAAACUCUGCUCAGUCCAAUCAUGUCCAAAGGUACAAACGGGCUCUUGCUCGGAAAGCAGACCGACUUCAAGCCUCCCUGGCCAAUGAACAGUGCAGGUCCGCUAGCCGAGCUCGACAGCGCCCCCUGGGGGCCGUGCACAGGAGUCACCCGAAGCUGAGAGACUUCCAGCGGGACGGAGCUGCAUCUGAGGAAGAGACUUGUCCAGGAGGGUGCAGCUCACACACCGGACAUGGUACUGCUGCCCGGAUACUGCAAAGCGGGGCUCACGGUCCCUGGAGAAUAGAUGGAAGAGGAGCCAGCGAGGAGACUCCAGGGGCCACCAGGGUGCCUGCUUCUGACCGCUCCUUUUCCGGCGUAAAAAGUCGGAGGGGGUGGGAAUCGGACGCGAUCGCCGCCGAGACCGGUCGUCAGCCUAAGGAGGCCGGUGAGCCGCCCGUGCCGAGGGAGAGGCUUCACCGCGGUGUCCCCAUCCAAAAAAGGACACCCCGGAGCCCAGCCAGGCCGUCCGAGAAGGAGAAACGCGAGGGUUUCCCUGACGACGCCGCGGCCUCCCGCAAGCGCUACGGAAGCUUCCAUCCCACAGGCUACUCAAAUGAGAGCGAUGAUUACUCUGGGGAACAUGAGGGCCUUAGCCGCUCUGCCCGCGAGUCGUGGGGCUUCACAGAGCAGGACUUGCCACCCCAAUGGAUGACCACCAUCUACUUCAGAGGUCAGAAGGAGCAGCUGAGGGUCCAUCCUGCCCUGGGUUUGGUGUUGCCCCGUGCUGCGUUCAGCGUUGAGCUGUGGGUCAAGCCUGAAGGCGGACAGAGCGACCCGGCCAUCAUCGCAGGAGUCUUUGAUAACUGCUCGCACUCUCUGAGCGAGAAGGGUUGGUCUGUGGGCAUUCAAACAGUGGACCCCAUGAAAAAAAGAGAUGCUCGCUAUUCCUUCACUCUUCGCACUGAUCGUGCGCCCAAAGCAACGACCAUUACAGGACACCAACGUUACGAGCCAAACUCUUGGACACAUUUGCUAGCUAGCUACAAUGGAGACAAGAUGAGCUUGUACGUAGAUGGGGCCAAGGUGGGGGAGAGUAGCGGUCAGUCAGGUAAUCUCCACAGCGCUUUUAUGAGCGCCUGCCGUGUGUUGCUCCUUGGUGGUGACCAGACAGACCUUGGGCACAGUUUCCGUGGGCAAAUUAGUGGCUUUGUUUUGUGGGGUGGUCCACGGGUUCAGGAUGAGUUUUCCAAAGGCAACCCCCAGGAAGCUCCCGAGGAGCCCCUCCUGGCAUUCCGGGGUGACUUUUCUGCCCUGCUGCAGCACUGGGUGCCUUACAAGGAUGGCAGUCCUCCGACCCUGGAUUUCACUCCCAUCCCAGACCAGAAAGUUGUAUCACCCUUCCUACCUCCUCCAUGUGGGGUGACGACCUGCGAUAACAAGGACAUAGUCCUCAGCUACAACGACCACUGGCAGCUGCGUACAAGGAAGCAUAUCCGCUACCGGGUAGUCAACAUUUGCAAUGAUGAUGGGAGCCAUCCUACUGUGUCCCAGGACCAGAUCCAGCGGCAGCACCACGCCCUUACAGAAGCCUUCCAGCCAUACAACAUCACCUGGGAGCUCACUGUGCAAACCAUCCACAAUUCGUCCCUCCGCCAGCGAUUCGUGCUUAGCAACUGUCAGAUCAGCAAGAUUGGGAACCGGCACUGCGACCUAGAGUGUGACCACCCACUGACCGGACAUGAUGGUGGUGACUGUGUGCACCUGGGCCCCUGCUACAACUGGAAGAGGCGGGAUGGGGUCUGCAACAUGGAGUGCAAUAGCAUACGCUACGACUUUGAUGAUGGCGACUGCUGUGACCCUGAGGUGACUGAUGUUAAAAAGACCUGCUUUGACCCGGAAUCUCUGGACAGGGCAUACAUGAGCGUGAAAGAACUGAAGGAUGUCCUGCAGCUGAGCAGCAAUGACACUCUCAACGUGUUCUUUGCCAACAACUCAGUCCGUGAGGAGCUAGCUGGGGCCGCAACCUGGCCAUGGGCGAAGGAGGCUCUUGGCCAUCAGGGUGGUAUGGUUCUGAACCCAUCGUACUUUGGUACAGCGGGGCACAGCAACACCAUGAUCCAUGAGAUGGGCCAUAUUUUGGGCCUGUACCAUGUCUUCAAGGGAGUCAGUGAACGUGAGUCAUGUGAUGACCCAUGCCGUGAAACAGUGCCAUCCAUGGAAACAGGAGACUUCUGUGAGGACACUGCUCCAACGCCUAAGUUCAAGGCAUGCAAGGACCCAGAGCCCAUCAUUGACACCUGUGGCCCAUCUCUUUACGAAAAAACACCCUACAACAACUAUAUGAGUUACACAGAUGACAACUGUACCAACAAUUUCACACCUAACCAAGUAGCACGGAUGCAUUGCUACUUGGACCUUGUGUACCAGAAGUGGGUACACAGCAAAAAGCCGUCUCCUGUCCCACUUCCUCCUAUUCUGAUUGCUCAGAGCUCAAACUCCGUGACCAUUCACUGGCUACCACCUGUGAGUGGGGUGCUUCACCAAGGGGAAGGUGACGUGAACUGCAGGAGCUGCAACAAGGAGGGUGCACUUCUUCAGUAUGCCCACAAAGCCACUUCACCACGUGCCUGUGACUCUUCUGGCUACUGGACACCAGAAGAAGCAGUUGGUCCGCCUGAUGUGUACCAGCCCUGUGAGCCCAGUUUGCAAGCAUGGAGUCCCGAGCUCCACCUGUACGAUGCCAAUGUGACAUCGCCCUGCCCUAAGACUGAGGGAUGUGUUCUUGUACUGCAUUUUCUGCACCCUGUGAUCCCUGAAACUUUCACUGUCUGGGUAACUUACAUCGCCACAGACAGCCAGGCCAUUGCCAACAUAGAAUUCCUGACAGACUCCGGUGAGUCAUUGCACAUGGGCCCUCGGGAUGUCUUCUGUGACAUGCCCCUCACGAUGCGUCUACACAUCCACAAGAAGGUUACUGGUGUCAAGAUCUAUACCUUUGAUGAGAAGAUGGAAAUCGAUGCCGUCUUGCUGACCUCCAUAUCCCAGAAUCCACUCUGUGCCACUUGCCAGCCACUGUACUAUCACCUUAUCCGGGAACCUCCUCUAGAACGAGGCCCCGUUCGCCAAACCCAGCUCACCUUUUCCGAUAGUGACCUGGCUAUAGGAGCGCAGUAUGAGUACAGGGUCCGGGUGGAGGCUGGUGGCAUUCUCAGCGAACUCUCGCCACCGCUUCUCUACAGCCUUGGCAGCUCCUUUUGCGGGGACGGACAGUUGCAGGGGGAAGAGCAGUGCGAUGACGAAAAUCUCCUGGAUGGUGACGGCUGCUCCAAAAAGUGUCUAAUGGAGCCAGGAUUUAACUGUGAUGGAGAGCCAAGCCAGUGUUACGUGUUUGACGGCGAUGGUGUAUGUGAGGAGUUUGAGAGGGCCUACAGUGUGAGGGACUGUGGCUUCUUCACCCCAGAGGGCUACAGGGACCAGUGGGCAUCUGAGGCCUGGGCCUCCCACCAGGACGAGGCGAGGUGUCCUGCCGUAGCGGUCACUGGGGAGCCAUCACUCCAACAGCUUUGCAAAUCUCAGUACUUGGAUAUGAACGAGAGACUGUCCCGAUACGCGUGGUUCCCAUGCACUGCGCAGCCGCACAGUUACAACCACCCUGACCAGGAGCAAGCCAUCUGGCUCAAGGUAGGGUUUGCUCGCCCUGGCGUUGCUGCUUCCGUGAUCAUCUACCUUGCGUCGGACGGCACCUGGCCGGGAGAGCAGUGCAGGAAGACGGUGGCCAUCCAGCUCAGUGACACCAGCGGCAAAAACCAUUCCAUUGGGGACUUUGAGCUCUCGUGUCACCACAACCCCCUGGUGGUCAAUGUCACUCAUAACCUGAGCCUGCCCUUCUUCCUCACCACGGCUGUUCUACUCAACUUCUCCUCCCCCCUAGUGGCAGUGACGGGAGUCGCCCUGCGCACAUCCUGCCGCUUCAGUGCCUUUGCCCUGACCGGGUGUGUGCACCAGCCCUGCAGCUCAGAGCCCUGCAACCCCCUGCAGCUGGACCAGGCCUCAGUCACCUGCCGCCCUGGGACGGAGGCCCUUCGCUGCACGGUGCUGUGUCACCAGGGUCACACGCUCCGUGCGCAUAGCGGAGGGCGCCUUCCGCCGAACCAGAAAGAGACCGAGGUGGAGUGCAUGCGUGGCGUGUGGGACCGCGUGGUGAGCUGCCAGCCCGUGGACUGUGGCCUCCCUGACCAGUCCCACGUGUACUUCGCCUCCUUCUCCUGCCCCGAGGGCACUACCUUUGGGAAGAGGUGCUCUUUCUCCUGUAAUCCCCCAUCCAUGCUGCAAGGUAUCAGCGAGUGGUUGGAGUGUUUAGAAGAUGGCCUGUGGUCCUCUCCCGAAGCGUACUGUAAGAUAGAAUGCUCGGAACCCCCCAAGGUCCCCAAUGCCAAACUCCUCGUACCCCAGUGUGAAGGGAGGCAGCACAACGUGGGAACAUUGUGCCGCUACAAAUGUAAACCUGGCUAUUACGUAACCGGCAGCCCCAACACAAAACCAAGAAUGAGGUUCCUAAAGCUGGAGUGCCUGGCGGAGGGCCAGUGGGAGCACGGCAACUGUGAACCCAUCUCCUGCCCGUCGCCACCUUCCGUCUUUGAGGGCAUGUACAGCUGCACCAAGGGCCUGGAAUUCGGCAGCAUCUGCAAACUGACCUGCCCAGACCCCUCCGAGUCGUACACUGUCCGCUGCACGAAAGAUGGCAUGUGGACUGAGGAGCUGAUCAUGUGUAGUAGUGUACAAGGGUCCUGUGCGCCACCCCCUGACCUGAACUUGGUGGAGUACACCUGUGAAGAUGGGUACAGUGUGGGUGCAGUCUGCUACCCAACAUGCAUCGUGGCCUUGAGUGACCCGGUGGUGCUGCCCGGUGAUGUCACUGCUGACACCCUGAAGCACUGGAUGCUUCCAACUGAGGUUCAGGGCAUCGUGUGUACUGGCAGGAAGACAUGGCAUCCUCAUCCCAAACUUGUCCACUGCAUCCAGUCCUGUGAGCCGUUUGGGGGAGACGGUUGGUGUGAUACCAUCAAUAACCGAGCGUACUGCCAAUACGAUGGGGGAGACUGCUGCUCAUCAACCUUGUCUACCAAGAAGGUCAUUCAGUUCGGGGCAGAAUGUGACCAGGACGAAUGCUCCUGCCGCGAUCCCACAGCAGAGGAAAACCAGCAGCAAGGCUAGCUCCUCGAACCAGGGCUGCUGCGGAACCCGAGAAAUGAAGCCUAGAUGGAACUGAGGAAGAGGAUUGUUGUG